GAUAGUCUAAAAGAUACGACACGAUAGUGGUAUCUUAUGCUACGAACUGUCUUUGAAAAAUAGGAUUCAAAUGAUUUAUUCCAACAGUGAAAGUUAUUUAUACGCAAAGUUUUAGUCUCUGCUGUUAUGUGUAUUCCAUGUUAAGAUCUGUUUCGAAUUUGCUACCUAUAUGAUUAUAAAGAAUGACAACUAUAAAGUGAUGCUAGAAGUAAGUCUGUCUAAUCCAUUUUUCUGCUGGUAUUGUAUGUAGCAAGCCUUUAAUUUUGUUAACUUGUGAGUAUGUAUUUUUUUCUCACACAUUCCAAAAAACAAUUGUAUUCAACCUUUCUUGUUUAUAAGUAAUAACAGAUUUGGUUUCACAGAGUACACCAGAAGAAAAACUCGGCUCUUUGAUGAAUUACUAAAACAACAGAUUAAUGUUAAAUAUAAAAUACACAAGAUUACAAUUUGUAUAACAAAAUUAACGUAAAGUGUAAAUAAAUUAACAUUUACAGUUUGUCAUUGAAUGAUUAUGGAGACGCCAACAAUAAGUAGUGUAAGAGCACCAGAUUUUGAAGACGACUACACAUUUAGUUCAGAAUAUGCCAAAGAGUUUUUGGAAAUGGAAAAUAUUCUUGCUUCCAAACAGUCAACAGAAGAAGAUUCAGACCAAGAUGAUGGUUUUGAAGAUGGUGGUUUCUCAGGUUAGCCUAUGUGCGUUUGCAGACAUUCCCUAUGAUAUUGAACAAAAAUUACAAGAAAUUAAUGCCCACUUUGAAGAGGACCCUACUCCUAUUGAAUGCGACCGAGAAGUUCUGGUGAAAUUUAAAGAAGACAUAGUUGAUUUAGUAGUACCACCAUCUCCUUCACCUUCUGACUCUUCGGACAGUUUUGAGGGAGGACAUGACGCCGAGUACUAUCUUAAUAUAGAUUAUCCUCCUGACUUUGAGGAAGACUCCAUCAGCAAAUCAGCAGAAGACGAAGAAAAAGACCCAGAGGAAGGUGAUAUCGUAAAUGGGCAACAACAAUCUACUUAUCAGACCCCAGAAGAAAUAAAUACUGAUGAAUCAUCAGAUCUUUUACUGGAAAACACCCAAGAGAUUCGAGCUAUUGGUACCGACGAAAAUGAAGAGCAAAAUAAAAUCCACGGAGAAAAUGAAAAAGAAGCCAACGAUCUUCCUAAAGGGCAUUUUGUGCAGUCAGGUAGUACUGAAGAUAAUUCCAAGGCAAAUGAAUUAUGUAAAGAAAGUUCUCGAGGAUUCCUCUUAGACGACAAAGAAUGCGCUAACACGAAGAACGAAAAUCAACUAUUACUAAUUCAUACCGUAGACAAUCGAAAUUUAACGUGCGCAUUAAACUCAGACAAUUCUGGUACAGAACACGGCCCAGUACAGUUUGAUUGUAGCACCCUCAGUGCUGGGACGUUGCAGUCUGUAAGUAAAGUAGAAAAUGAUGGUGUUUGUCGUGUAGUUAAGGGCAGUGAAAUAAAUAAAACCAACUGGCCAGCAAACAAAGGGAAAGGUCAAGGUUUAAAUAUGAAGAGACCCGGGUCAGCUAGAACCACCUCGAAAUCAGUCAUAUCGGGAGGGAAAAGAUUUGUACAAUCAGCGAGGGGCCGGGAUCGUAAUAUUGGACAAAGUGUUCCCUCGAAUGGAGAAUUCCAACGAAAACUACCGAAUUAUGGAGGUAAUGCGCGUUCUCAAUACGGUUUACCUGACCGUGAACGUGAAAAGCUUCACAAUGAAAGAAUGAAAAAAUUGGAGGAAAAGAAGAAGAAGAUGCAAGAAGAAGGCGAAAGAAAAAAAGAUAAAUGUAAUAUAGCGGACAGUGCUUUCAAAGCCUGGCUUGAACAAAAGGAAGUAAAUAAACAGGGAAACUGCCUACGCCAUUCAGGGACAAAGCCUCGUAAAGAAUGGAGAGACGCAGAGGGAGCUUUUAGAGCCUGGUUAGUGAGAAAAGACGAGGAAGAACUUAGAGAAAAUAUGUUAAAGUUCUACGAAGAGCAGGAAAUUGCAGGAGCUAAGCCUAAGAGAAGCAAAGAAGAAGCACAAAAAGCUUACAGAGCUUGGUUAAGAAGUAAAAAUGCCCAGCAAUGCCAACAAGCUAGAAGAGAUCACAGCCAAGGAAUUGGAUUUCGACAGAGAAAUUCAUUCACGUUGUCACAAGCUCAAAGACAAGCUGACGUUCUGAAACGAACAUUCCAGGCAUAUUUUGGUGCUACAUUAUAACAAAAAUCUUGUACUCGAGGGAUGAGAAUUCAGGGACUAACGAGAACAAGCCAUAUCACAAGAUGUGACAAAAUGAUUAAUCUACUUUUGUGGCUUAACAAAGUAAUUUCUGUCACACAGAACAACUGUAGGUUUUACGAAGCCUAAUUUUAAAUCGUGCUACACUCAGGUUUGAUGCUUCAAAGCUUUUCGGGUUUAUUUUGAAAUAUUGAUGUUUAACGUGUGUGUGUGUGUUUAAUAAGGAAAUUGGCAUAUUUUUCAACAAGCACGUGUAAUACAAAUCCAUGAUAAUUUGCAACCUUAAGGAAAAUACCAAUAUAGUGGUACAUCAAACUAUAUGAAGACACAGCACGACACAAAUCAAGUUUUAAUAGCAUCGUGGCUCAAACUCAAGACCCCAGUUCAAUACCUUGACAUGCUCGAGUAUCAAUAAAAGUAGCCUUUUCAUUAUU